AUAAAACUCAAUAGUCGAUGGUGUAGCUGGCCAAGUUCAAUGGUGUUGUAUGUAAACAGCGGGCACAGGUGUUUUACCUGCAGCUGUAAUGUGAACACGAUGUUGGGUAAGGUAAGUAACGCAGCCUCUCGACCUUUUCAUAUGGUUUUCCCAGCCACACCAAGUCCAUAUAAAGGGCGGAUAGGUGCGUCGCGUGCGACAGUUGAUUCAUAGCCUUCGUUACAAGCUGAAGAUGCAUAUUGUCUUGGUGCUGCUUCUAUUGGAGAGCUGCUGGGCUCUUAGGCCGACGGCAGCUGAGCGCAGGCGUGAACCACGCGUGGUGGGCGGGCAACGCAUCGAGGUGAAUUCGCAGCCGCAUAUGGUGAAUAUCAGACAUCGUGGCGGCUUUCAGUGCGGUGGAUCUUUGGUGACUCCACGCUGCGUCUUGACCGCCGCCCACUGCCUGCAGUCGAAGCAGCACAGACCGUCGGAUUACGUGGUGCGUGGCGGCGUGACCUAUUUGACAGAUAUGAGCAAUGGACGCGCCGUGAAUCGUAUUCUGAUGCCCCGUGGCUAUAAUUUAACCACUUUUGACCAGGAUGUGGCACUGCUGCAGCUGCAGAAUCCACUGCACGGUGAGCACAUUGAGCCCAUCCAGCUGGCCAGGCAGCCGCCGCGUCCGGGCAGCUAUGUGCGUGUCUCAGGCUGGGGACUGACCGAUGAGCGUUCACUCCAGCUGCCCAAUCAGCUGCACAGUGUGCAGGUGAAGGUGCUGCCCCGCCUCAAGUGCCAGCAGCUCUAUCAGGGCUACAGGAAUAUAACGGAUAGCAUGUACUGCGCCUCGGUGGCUGGCUAUAAGGACGCGUGCAAUGCGGACUCCGGCGGGCCGGCGGUCGACAUGGAUGGCCAGCUGGCGGGCAUCGUCUCCUGGGGCAAGGCCAAUCGCUGUGCCCACGAGGACAGUCCAGGUGUGUACACAAGCGUGGCGCACCUAUACGACUGGAUAGUCCACAAUAUGCUCAGAUAUUGCCACUGAUAUCUGU